GCUACGCAUUAAACAUUAAGCAAGCGGCUGCAGAUAGUAGCAGAGCAACAGACCAUAAUACUGUAGCAAGAGGCACCUGUCAAAGAUCCAGUGAUCAAGGAGAGAUCAAUCUGUUUCCAUGGCGUCUGAGCAGCAAAGGGGUGAUGAGCCCUCUCUCCCCAGGGAAGAGGCUGUGUGCCCAGGCUGUCAGGGAGCAGGGCCCCUGGUCCUGCCGUGUGGCCACAGCCUGUGUGAGGCCUGCCUGGGGCUGUGUGAGGGCGAGCUGGGCCAGGGGGGCUGUACCAUCUGCUACGGCAGAGACCUGCUGGACUGCGUCCUGAAGAGACUGCUGGACUCUCUGUUCCAAGGGCAGCCGCGGCGGGCCAGGGAUGGAGGGGUAGAGGACCUGGACAGGGAGCUGUGUCCUCUGCACGGGGAGAGGCUGACGUUGUAUUGUGUGGAGGACAAGGAGAUGGUGUGUGUGGCGUGUCAGAGCGAGGAGCACGACGACCACGAGUGUUGUCCCACGGAGGAGGCUGUGCACGACUGCAAGAGGGAGCUGACGUCUGCCCUGAGACCUCUACAAGAGAAGUUGGAGGCUCUGAACACUGUCAAACAGACCUGUGAGGAGUCAGCUGAACACAUCAAGAGCCAGGCACAGCAGACCGAGCGCCUGGUCCAGCAGCAGUUUGAGAAGCUGCACCAGUUCCUCCGAGAUGAGGAAGCUGCUGUGAUCUCUGCUCUGAAGGAAGAGGAAGCGGAGAAGACCCAGGGGAUGAGGGACAGGACAGACAGAACAACAGACCAGAUCAACUCUCUAGCUGAGGCCAUUGAGGUGACGGUGAAGGCCAUGGACACUGGUGAUGACAUAUCCUUCCUCAAGAACUUCAAGAGGACCUCUGAGAGGACUCAGGUGACAGUACAGGAGCCAGAGGAGGUGACAGGAGCUCUGCUGGAUGUGGCCAAACACCUGGGCUGUCUCAACUACAGAGUCUGGGAGAGGAUGCAGGACGUCAUUACAUACACUCCUGUGACUCUGGACCCCAACACGGCUGAUGUCUGCCUGUCUCUGUCUGAUGAUCUGACCAGCCUGCGGUACACAGAGGAGGAGGAGCGACUCCCUGACAACCCAGAGAGGUUCUGUUACUAUGAGUGUGUCCUGGGUUCCGAGGGCUUCAACUCCGGACGACACACCUGGGACGUGGAGGUGGGCGUGAACAGCGAGUGGGCCGUGGGCGUGGCACGGGAGACGGUCUCGAGGAAGGAGUGGUUCCCCCCGAGCCCAGAGAGGGGCCUGUGGACCAUCUGCUACUAUGGAGGUGAAUACCGCGCCCGCACGGCCACCGCCACCCCCCUGGUCCUGAAGAGAAGGCCCCAGGAAGUCAGAGUGCAGCUGGACUGGGACAGAGGCAGGGUGAUCUUCUCCGACGCCUCAGAUAACACGCUCAUCUACAAGUUCCAACACAAGUUCACCCAGAGAGUGUUCCCUUACUUCUCCAACACCUGCAAGAGGCACCCUCUGAGGAUCUCAGCCGGGAAGGUGACAGUUACAGCGGAGUAGCUUGGUUCAUUCAUUAAGAGCUGAUUUGAUAAACCUAUAGUUAAGGGACAUUAAAAAGCUGUUGCUGCAGAACAGGUAAAAACAUUAGCUUUAAAGUGGAUGCAUCUUUACUGCAGCAAAGGCAUUUUUUAUGCAGCUUCGAGACUGCUUUCUGUCUCUCUGGGUUCUAAUCUAAAUAGAUCAUUAUUGACUCGCUCUGGGUUCUAAUCUAAAUAGAUCAUUACUGACUCUCUCUGGGUUCUAAUCUAAAUAGAUCAUUAUUGACUCUUUCUCUGGGUUCCAAUCUAAACAGAUAAUUACCGACUCUCUCUCUGUUCUAAUUUAAAUAGAUAAUUACUGACUCUCUCUCUCUGUGUUCUAAUCUAAAUAGAUAAUUACUGACUCUCUCUGUGUUCUAAUCUAAAUAGAUAAUUACUGACUCUCUCUCUCUCUCUCUGUGUGUGUUCUAAUCUAACUAGAUAAUUACUGACUCUCUCUCUGUGUUCUAAUCUAACUAGAUAAUUACUGACUCUCUCCCUGUGUUCUAAUAUAAAUAGAUAAUUAUUGACUCUGUGUUCUAAUCUAAAUAGAUAAUUACUGACUCACUCUGGGUUCUAAUCUAAAUAGAUAAUUACUGACUCACUCUGGGUUCUAAUCUAAAUAGAUAAUUACUGACUCUCUCUCUCUCUCUCUCUCUCUCUCUGUUCUAAUCUAAAUAGAUAAUUACUGACUCUCUCUCUCUGUGUGUUCUAAUCUAACUAGAUAAUUACUGACUCUCUCUGUGUUCUAAUCUAACUAGAUAAUGACUGACUCUCUCUCUCUGUGUUCUAAUCUAACUAGAUAAUGACUGACUCUCUCUCUGUGUUCUAAUCUAACUAGAUAAUUACUGACUGCCUCUGGGUUCUAAUCUAAAUAGAUAAUUACUGACUCUCUCUCUCUCUCUCUCUCUGUGUGUGUUCUAAUCUAACUAGAUAAUUACUGACUCUCUCUCUGUGUUCUAAUCUAACUAGAUAAUUACUGACUGUCUCUGGGUUCUAAUCUAAAUAGAUAAUUACUGACUCUCUCUCUCUCUCUCUGUUCUAAUCUAAAUAGAUAAUUACUGACUCUCUCUCUCUGUGUUCUAAUCUAACUAGAUAAUGACUGACUCUCUCUCUGUGUUCUAAUCUAACGAGAUAAUGACUGACUCUCCCUCUGUGUUCUAAUCUAACUAGAUAAUGACUGACUCUCCCUCUGUGUUCUAAUCUAACUAGAUAAUGACUGACUCUCUCUCAGUGUUCUAAUCUAACUAGAUAAUUACUGACUCUCUAUCUGUGUGAAUACAGGGCUUGUAUGACCUCCAUGCGAUUUGCACUAAUUUCCUUUAACAGUAGCAAUGUGAUGCAUUAUAUGUUUUCUGUGACAGGGUACAGUAUACAAGGCGUUUGUAACGUUUGAUAGACACUGUAUAGUUUGCCUAAAAGGUUUUGCUUGUUUUCCUGUCCCAUGCUUUCAGGAGAAUCUUUGCACACAAAAAAUGAUUGUAGUUAGGCAGUCCUAAAGUACUGUAACAAUGUUAACAUGAAACAUACAACUGUUUUAAAACCUAUCACCUGUCCACAGCUUGUCCAUAUGAACGAACAUAAAGAUAU